UUCCUCUUUCCCUUGUAAGUAAAUUGUAGACUGUCGACGUCAUGGAUUUCCAGUCAACUACCGCUAUUCAUUCACGAACGGAUACUUUAUUUAGUCAGAAGAACAGCUGUCUUGAGUGUCAUUUCAGAGCAGAAUGUCCAGCCUGUAUCACACUAUCAGUCAGAUCACUGAUGAGCUCAGCACAGAUGAAUGUAAGCGGGUCUCAUACCUGUGCGGCGCUCUUGAUAUAGACAAGUUCUCCACAGAUCCCAGAGGGAUGUUACAAUCUGUGCUGUGCCAAAGGAGAAUUGACAACACGUUUCUCAUGGAGCUCAUUCUGAAAAUAAGACGCUAUGAUCUGCUGAGAGAGGUGCUGAGCACCAGCAAAAGCACGGUUGAGGGACUGCUAAAAAAUGGCCAUUCUGUAUCAGAAUACAGAGUACUGAUGGCUGAUGUUGGUGAGGACAUGGACACAGAGGACCUGAAGUCAUUGACGUUCUUACUGAGAGGCACUUUACCAAAACAUAAACUGGAAAAUGUCCAGAGUUUUUUAGACAUUGUAGUGGAGUUGGAGAAGCUCGACCAGCUCUCUAGUGAGAAGAUGGAUUUGAUUGAACAAUCCCUGAGGUCCAUUCACAGAGCUGAUCUAGCUAAAAAGAUCAGUCAAUACCAGCAGACAGUGCUAAUGAUUAAACAAGGAUCUUCGCCUCAAGACAGACUGCAGUUCAGCAGAAUGCCAUUGCCAAACAGCUCAUUUGCUAUUCCAUCAGCUUCCUGUAAUGCCAGGCCGGUUUCCAAAUUCUGUGAUAAACCGACAGGAGUGAAGAAGGAACUACUUGUCUCUAACUCCUAUCGUCAGGUAAAUGAGGAAGUGUACAGUAUGCGGAGUGAACCCAGAGGAGUGUGUCUAAUCAUAGACUGUGUCGGCACUGAAGGAGAUGAGCUGGAGCAAACAUUCAAGGCCUUACACUUCCAUGUGAUCAUACACAAGCUGCUGAGUUGGAGAGACAUGCUGUCCACACUGAGGGAAGUGGCUCAUCAGAAGGGUCAUUACAGAGCGUCUGCUUUUGUCUGCUGUAUAAUCAGCCGAAGCCACUCAUCAAAUCUGCUGGGCACUGAGCCUAACGGUCCAGGACUGAACCUGAACGCUGUCAGGCAGCUCUUCACCUCAGAGUUGUGCCCGGGCCUGGCAGGCAAGCCUAAACUCUUCUUUAUCCAGAGCUAUAAUGUGUCUGAGCCUCAGAGGUGUGCUGAGUUUAUGGGUUGUGAGGAUGAGGUGAGUGGAGAGCUGGAGACAGACGGGCCAGUGGUCUUAUGCUGCACGAGGAGCAUCCCAGUGGACGCGGACAUCUUCUGGAGUCACUGCUGGACUAAAGGAGAACAGCUGGAGGCGCCAAAACAUCAGUCUGUGUACCUGAAAGCCUUGAGAUCCUUCUUAACUGAGGGCCAGAAGAGGAGGACUAAUUUGGUAGACGUGCACAUGUCAGUGAAUCGUGCAGUAUAUAAACACAAUCACAAAUCUCCAGAAUCAUCUUACUUUUUAAAUGUGAGACACACUCUCAGAAAGAUAUUGUAUUUGUCAUGAUUCUGUCAUGGUUCCUUACGUUUAAGUGAAGGUAGAGGAUUAUGAAAGAACAUUUGAAGUUUGAGAAUUGAUGAUCAUCAUAAUGAUGUUGAUGUAAAUUGAAUCAAUUAUGAUUUGCAAUAUUUUAGCAAAGAAAUCUCAGGUUUUGUCAUUGUAGUUUCUUAUAUUGUCCACAUGUUGGCAGUGUUGUCCAAUGUCAGCAGUGAACUUGACAACCUCUAGUGUGAAUCUCUUUUAAAGUUUUCUUUGCUUUAAAACAUCUGAACUGAUUGUCCUUAGUAAAACCAAUAAUUUAAUCAUUUAAUUUAACUUAAAUUAAUACCUUGUUGAAACUGGUAAAAGGAUCUUUGAAAUAAGUUCCACAUAAUAUUAAACUGUGAAAAUGACAGCCACUGUCUACAGUCAGUAAAAAUGACAUUGUAAUCUAAAGGGAGAUCUAGGAUUUAACCUGUUUAUAUGCAGGUAUGCCAUG